AUGGAAGCAAUCAGAUUCUCAAACUUGUCAGCUCUUCUUAUACUAUUACUACUGUCACUGUCUCUCUGCGUGACGUCAAAAGACCAAACUGUUUCUUGCACAAUGUGUUCCUCUUGCGACAAUCCAUGUAACCCUGUCCCGUCUUCUCCUCCGCCCCCUACUCCUCCAAGCUCCGGUGGCAGCAGCAGCGGCGGCGGCUCUUAUUACUAUUCUCCUCCUCCUCCUCCUUCAAGCUCCGGUGGUGGUAAAUACCCUCCUCCUUACGGCAGCUAUGGAGACGGUGGACAAAGUUACUAUUAUCCUCCUGCUUCUUACGGCAACUAUCCAACGCCGCCUCCACCAAAUCCCAUCGUGCCUUAUUUUCCGUUUUACUAUCACACUCCUCCUCCGGGAGAUUCUGGAUCCGAUCGUUUGUUGGGAUCUCUUCUCUUUGUUGUGUUCUCAAUCUUGCUUUGUUUUGGGUGACUGAGAAGAGAGUCAUCUCAUGUUGGAUAGAAAGUAUGAAGAACUGAAACUUUCUCUUUUACUUUUACCUUUUAACCAUGUUACUAUGUUUUACUUUCUGUUAACAAUUUGUAGUUAGUAUUUCUUAUCAGUUAACAUCGUAAUUACUCGUUGUUAAGAAUCUAUAUAUCAGAAAAGUAUCUAUUAAAACUUUUUU